AGAGAGAGAGAGAGAGAGAGAGAGUGAUAGACGAGCAGACCAGAGAGAGAUUACACUAAGGAGGGAGGACCUGUUGACAUAUAUCUCUCAAGUCAGCCAUGAGGAUCUCCUUCAGGACUGGAAACUACCUCAGAUAACCUGACACCACUGCAAACAAGCAUACAGUCAACGCUGGGGCACAUGGACCAUGACACAACCAGGAUGACUCCACUCUGAGACCCACCAAGAUGCACAGCUUUGGAAUUAUGAACCACAACUGUCUCAAUCAGCCUCCAGGAAGUUUUGUGGAGUGUGUAUGUCUAUCAUGAUGUGUUUUUGUUAUGACGAUCUGAUUGGAGGACUGACAGGUGGGAUGACUAAAGAGAGGCUGGAGGAACAGGCUCGUUAGUCUGUGCUGGUACCUAUUGUGAGCUGGCUGGAUCAACCUCGAGGGGGGCUCCCCUAGUAGCCAUGGCUGAGAUGGAGGAGUUCUCCCCCAUGUCCCCACGGCGCACCCCACGCCGGACCCCCCGUGUGCUGCGCCUGGACCCGGCCCUGCUCCAGCGGCGCGUGUUGGAGGACCAGGUGGAACUGUGGUGGUUCCGCGAGCCGCGGCGCUCCCUGCUCUGCUACUGCAUCUCAGUGUGCCUCGUCCUGGGCUUGGGGCUGGGCGGCGUAGGCCUCCUCUCCACCACCACCAGCCUGUCCGGGGAGUGGCGCCUAGGAGUGGGCACCAUGCUCUGCCUCCUAGCUCUGGCUGUCCUCCUCAAACAGCUCCUAAGCUCCGCUGUCCAGGAUAUGAAUUGCGUUCACAGCCGGAGGCGGAUAGAGUUAAUGAAGAGCGGUGGGAGGGCGGACCCGGUGGUCAUCAUUUUCACCGGGAUGGCUUUGGCACUCUGCGGAGGGGUUUUACUAUACAUGUCGCUGGCCAGCGGGCAUCAUGGGCCCGGGCAGCGCCACAGGGAUAUGUUCCUGUCCGGGGUGGUGCUACUGUGGGUAGGGGGCACCACCGGGUUGGCGGUGGCUGGGUACUUGCUGGUAGUGCACCUCCAGCAGAGGAGAGAGAGGAGGAUGUUGCAGAGGCGGAGGAGGGGAGGGAGAGGGUUACGGGGCAGGGCAGUUAGGGUGUUUACGGUCUCCUCUAGUAGAACUAGCCUCAUCUGAGAGUGCAGACCCGGGUCUUGUUCAUUAGGCACCAAACGGUGUUGCCCUAAUGAACACUACCCUUGGUUGAAAUAGUAUUUGUAUUUCUUUAAAAGACUUGAGCUGUGCUUGAUUGAGCUUGCCUGGCGCAAUGGGACCAGAGCCAUAGACACUGUAUACAUCCCAGGUCUGUUGAAGAGGAGAGGAAAACAAGUGAGGAGAGGAGAGCAGGAGGUGAAAAGAGGAGGGGAGAGGGAGGCAAGUUAGGAGAGGAGAGACGAGACGAGACUAGGGGACUUAAUAGAUAAAGGGACUUGAGGGGAGGGAAAGAUAGAAAAGGGGUGUCACCACUCACUCUCCCGGGUCUGUAACAGAGUCCUGUGUUUGUUGCUGGCACUGUGACUGCGUCAUCCUGUUGACUAAUGCCCAUUGCAGACCAUGCCCACUAUGCCAACUAUGGCAUUCACCACUGCUGUGUUGUGGGAACCAGGCUGUGCAGGGUGACACCAGCCCCACGGACCCCCAGGACCCUCAGUUACACUGGCCAUUGUUUCUAUCAGUGGCAGAAUGAGCGCUACACUGCCACCGUCACAAACAAGCCACUCGCAUUGGGGGAGACCCGACCAAGUCACAUUGUUCUAGUUCCUCUGUGUUGUUUUGACUCACUUGUCCUAUUUGAUGUUAUUAUAUUGACCCAAAUUUGGUAGUCUUAUCAGUGCUUAAUUUGUAAAUCGGAAGGUGCGGGAACAAUUUUUUUGCAUGAAAUCGGGUGACCUGGGAGGCUCAGAGGUACUGGAAAACAUGACAAAAUAGAUGCACCUUUAUAAUAAAGCAUAAUGUGCAUAUCGCCGCAUUCACCUAGUGGCAUAGAUUUGAGGCGCUUACAGAAGUUGCACACAUGGGCAGUGGUGGAAAAAGUACUCAAUUGUCAUACUUGAGUAAAAGUAAAGAUACCUUAAUGGAAAAUAACUCAAGCAAAAGUGAAAGUCACCCAGUAAAAUACUACUUGAGUAAAAGUAUUUGGUUUCCAAUAUAGUUAAGUAUCAAAAGCACAUUUAAUUGCUAAAAUAUACUUAAGUAUCAAAGUACAAGUCAUUUAAAAUUCCUUAUAUGAAGUAAAUCAGACGGCACCAUGUUCUUUUUUACAUUUGAAUUAACGGAUAGCCAGGGGCACACUCCAACACUCAGACAUUAUUUACAAACUAAGCAUUUGUGUUUAAUGAGUCUGCCAGAUCAGAGGCAGUAGGGAUGACAAGGGAUGUUCUCUUGAUAAGUGUGUGAAUUGGACCUGCUAAGCAUUCAAAAUGGACCUAGUACUUUUGGGUGUCAGGGAAAAUGUACGGAGUAAAAAGUACAUUAUUUUCUUUGGGAAUGUAGUGAAGUAAAAGUUGUCCAAAAUGUAAAUAGUAAAGUAAAGUACAGAUACCUAAAAAAACGACUUAAGUAGAACCCUUAGUAGCCUAGGGUCUGGGGAAAAUGUGCCCUUUUAUAAACGCAUUUCAUGCAACUCUACGUACUUUUACGACUGCAGACUUUGGAAGAAUAUUUUUUAAUACCACACAGAUGAUUGAAAUGACAGGCUGAUUGAAAUGGAACAAUUGACUUUCUAGCGGACCAAACUAAUGGACAGUACACUGUGUCCUGAGCCAGUUAUCACUUUGUUUUCACUGACAAACUGAGAAUCUGAAUUCAUUAAAAAACAACCUAGUCUUGAAUCCAUCAAUAGCCUAGGCCUAGAUGUGUGGAGACACAUAUUGUACAAUAUAAGGAAGAAAUUACGGUCCUAAAAUAGCUUUCCAGUUUCACUGAUUCACCCAAUGAUGUGCAACACACUCGUGGCAAAAGCCUAUCUGUUUCUUGUUAUACUUUGUAAAACAUUGUAAAACAAUGCUGUUCGCUCAAUAGACCUAUUUGGAAGUCGAUCAAAUAUUUUGUUAGCCUACGGACAGAUUAGUCUUCUCUUUUAAAUGGAGUAGUAUUCUGAAUUAUUUCAUGUAUUUCUGUACAGACAGCAGUAAUUCUAUAACUUUGGCAAAUGUAUUUCAAUGUAUCAGGGGUGCUGACUCUAUAAGGAAAAAUUGGCAUAGUAAAUAACUGAACAAAUAAAUGUGAUGAAGUGCAAUGCUGGAGAAAUGAGAGUUGCAGGAUCAUGUCUUUCAGAGCAGAGAGAGGGAGAGAGAUCAUAGAAAGUGACUCUCAUUCUAGUUCUGUGAGAGACAAGCGUGCUUUUCUCUCGCACCACAGCAACGGCCGUUCGUUGGGCUCAAAUAAAGGCUACAGUGUUGCGCAAACCUCAAUCAACUUUUUUUAGGGGACAGGAAAAUUAAUGGCAAGGCAACUCAAAUGGACUUUGAUCGCUUUUAUUCACAUUUUUACAUUGCAAACAGUGAAAGUUAUUUAUCGUGCCACAAAAGGUCCUGGAUCCUACCAAAUAGGUUUCCCUGAAAGGAACAGUCCAAAAAUUAGAGGUGCCGGAUCCUGUUCAAAUUAAGCACGGGUAGUUUUUCUAAUGAACAGUUAUGUGUAAAAACAAAUAAGACCAAACGCAGGGAUGGUUGCAAUGUCCAUAUUAGGACAGUCUCAGCAGCACUUCUUCUAAGCUGUCCUAAUAUGGACACCGCACACUUAUUUUGUAUGUACUGUAUCAGAUGAAUAUCAACAUUUUAACAAAUAUGAUGAUAUGGACUCAACAGCUACAGGUCAAUCUGUCUGUAUAGAUUGUAUAUUCUACUGUUUUUAGGUUAAUCUUUUCACCAUGAGACUUAUUGUCUUAAUUCUUCAUCAAUGAUGAUAAAGUGGCAAAGAAAAUUACUGAAAAUAUGUUUUUUUUUGUACAUUUCAAUAAUUUAUUACCAAGUAGAUUAUAAUAAAUGUAUCAAUAUCAAUGGUGACAUGGAAGUGUUGUUCAUUUUUAAGGAUUGACAAAACAACAUCACUUCAGCAUAGUGUUUGAUGGAUCUCGCAUCUUGAACAUAAUACCAUUUUUUACAUCAUAUAAAAAGUGUCAAAAGUCUACACAAAGUGCCUUCAGAAAGUAUUUAUACCUCUGGACUUAUUUCACAUGUUGAUUCAUUACAGCCUGAAUUCAAAAUGGAUUACAUUGAUAAAUUGUCACACCGAUCUAGACACAAUACCCCAUAAUAACAAAGUGAAAACAUGCGUUUAGAAAAGUUUGCACAUUUAUUGAAAAUAAAAUACAGAAAUAUCCAAUUUACAUAAGUAUUCACAGCCCUGAGUCAAUACAUGUUAGAAUGACAUUUGGAAGUGAUUACAGCUGUGAGUCUUUCUGGGUAAAUUUCGAGUUUUUCAUACCUGGAUUGUACAAUAUUUGCCCAUUUAUUAUUUUCAAGCUCUGACAAAUUGGUUGUUGAUCAUUACUAGACAACCAUUUUCAAGUCUUGCCAUUUUCAAGUCAAAACUGGAACUUGGCCACUCAGGAACAUUCACUGUCUCCUUGGUAAGCAACUCCAGUGCAGAUUUAGCCUUGUGUUUUAGGUUAUUGUCCUGCUGAAAGGUGACUCCAUCUCCCAGUGAAUGGCUCAAAGCAGACUGAACCAGGGAUUCCUCUAGGAUUUUGCCUGUGCUUACAGUUGGAGUCGGAAGUUUACAUACCCCUUAGCCAAAUACAUUUAAACUCAGUUUUUCACAAUUCCUGACAUUUAAUCCUAGUAAAAAUGUCCAUGUCUUAGGUCAGUUAGGAUCACCACUUUAUUUUAAGAAUGUGAAAUGUCAGAAUAAUAGUAGAGAGAAUUAUUUAUUUCAGCUUGUAUUUCUUUCAUCACAUUCUCAGUGGGUCAAAAGUUUACAUACACUCAAUUAUUAUUUGGUAGCAUUGCCUUUAAAUUGUUUAACUUGGGACAAAUGUUUCGGGUAGACUUUCACAAUCUUCCCUCAGUAAGAUGGGUGAAUUUUGGCCCAUUCCUCCUGACAGAGCUGGUGUAACUGAGUCAGGUUUGUAGGCCUCCUUGCUCGCACACGCUUUUUCAGUUCUGCCCACAAAUGUUCUAUGGAACAAGCUUUUACUUCCUGACUGAUGUCUUGAGAUGUUGCUUCAAUAUAUCCACGCAAUUUUCCUUUCUCAUGAAACCAUCUAUUUUGUGAAGUGCACCAGUCCUCAUCUCCUUCCUGAGCGGUAUGACGGCUGCAUGGUCCCAUGGUGUUGAUACUUGUGUACUAUUGUUUGUACAGAUGAACGUGGUACCUUCAUGCGUUUGGAAAUUGCUCCCAAGGAUGAACCAGACUUGUGGAGGUCUACAAUUUUUUUUCUGAGGUCUUGGCUGAUUUCUUUUCAUUUUCCCAUGAUGUCAAGCAAAGAGGCACUGAGUUUGAAGGUAAGCCUCAAAAUACAUCCACAGGUAACCCCUCCAAUUGCCUCAAAUGAUGUCAAUCAGCCUAUCAGAAGCUUCUAAUGCCAUGACAUCAUUUUCUGGAAUUUUCCAAGCUGUUUAAAGGCACAGUCAACUUAGUGUAUGUAAACUUCUGACCCACUUGAAUUGUGAUACAGUGAAUUAUAAGUGAAAUAAUUGGUCCGUAAACAAUUGUUGGAAAAAUUACUUGUGUCAUGCACAAAGUAGAUGUCCUAACCGACUAGCCAAAACUAUAAUUUGUUAACGAGAAAUUUGUGGAGUGGUUGAAAAACAAGUUGUAAUGACUCCAACCUAAGUGUAUGUAAACUUCUGACUUCAACUGUAGCUCCAUACCUUUUCUUUUUUGUCCUGAAAAACUCCCCAGUUCGUAAAGAUUACAAGCAUACCCAUAACAUGAUGCAGCCACCACUAUGCCCGAAAAUAUGGAGAGUGGUACUCAGUAAUGUGUUGUAUUGGAUUUGCCCCAAACAUAACUCUUUGUGUAUACAGGAAUAAAAGUGAAUUGCUUUGCCACAUUUUUUGCUGUAUUACUUUAGUGCCUUGUUGCAAACAGGAAGCAUGUUUUGAAAUAUUUUUAUUCUGUGCAGGCUUCUUUAUUUUCACUCUGUCAAUUAGGUUAGCAUUGUGUAUUAACUACAAUGUUGUUGAUCCAUCCUCAAUUUUCUCCUAUUAUAGCCAUUCAACUCAAUAACUGUUUUAAAUUCACCAUUGGCCUCAUGGUGAAAUCCCUGAGUGGUUUCCUUCCUCUCCGGAAACUGAGUUAGGAAGACCCCC